CGUAUUCAUAUUUCAUAUAACCUCCUCAUGUUUUCAUUUUAAACACGUAAACAAAUUUAAAAAAAAAAUAAAUUCUUCCUGAAUCUGACACAAAAAGAUAUUACCUCUACAGCAAGCAUGUGUAAAGGUUUCAUUCUGUUAUGUAUUCUAUUUUUAAUAAGUUCAAGCAGUUUAACUGCCCAUGAACAUUCUCAUGAGGGACAUUCUCAUGAACCGCCUUCCUACAAGUAUUCAAAAGAAGCAAAUAAAAAUUCAGAUUCACACCACCACCAUAGGGAAGUUCCGGUAAAAGAAAAACAGGUUGCAUUAACCACUCAAGAAUUAUGGCUACAUGCAAUGGGAUCAACUUUGCUAAUAAGUGCUGCCCCUUUCCUAAUCCUCUUUUGUGUUCCCCUGGAUAACACAGUUAGUAGCCAACCUUUGUUAAAGAUUUUGUUGGCCUUUGCAUCAGGAGGUUUGCUGGGUGAUGCCUUUCUUCACUUAAUUCCCCAUGCAGCUAUGGCUGUGAGUGACCACAGUCAUUCUCAUGCCCAUACACACAGUCACGAAUCUGGCGAUCAUGCACAUGAUAUGUCUGUUGGACUCUGGGUUUUGGCUGGCAUAGUGGUUUUUUUGGUAGUUGAAAAAUGUGUGAGAAUUAUAAAAGGCAGUCACGGUCAUUCACAUGAAAAAUCGUCAAAGGAAAAGGCUGAUACUACUAAGAAUGGUAAAAGUAAAGGCGAGAAGGGCAAGAAAAAGAUUGAAGGGGAGGACAAAGAAAUCAAGGUUGCUGGGUAUUUGAAUUUAGCUGCAGAUUUCAGUCACAAUUUCACUGACGGACUAGCUAUUGGAUCGUCCUAUUUAGCUGGGAAUACUAUUGGAAUUGUGACAACUAUAACAAUACUUUUACAUGAAGUGCCCCAUGAAAUUGGAGAUUUUGCCAUUUUACUUCAGUCCGGUGUUUCAAGAAAAAAUGCCAUGCUUCUUCAACUUACAACUGCUCUAGGAGCUGUAGCAGGAACUGCGUUAUCUCUUCUUGCCCAAAACAGUUCAGGAGCCAUGGCGGCGUCUUGGAUCUUGCCUUUCACUGCUGGAGGAUUUAUAUACAUAGCUCUUGUAUCUGUGAUUCCUGAACUUCUUGAUGAAGAAAAACCUAGUAUUGUUCAAACUUUUCUACAAGUGGCUGCUAUGUUAGCAGGAGUGGGAAUGAUGGUGGUGAUCGCCGAAUAUGAAUGAGUUUUCAAUAAGUAAUUUAAUUCAGACUGAAAUAUAGACAAUUUUGAAAUAUAUUUAUUUUUUGGUCAAGAAUAAUAAUUUUAUGGUCACCUCAGAA